GUCCGUGCUUUAUGCAAGUUGCACCGGCGGAGAGAGCAAGACAUUCACCCUGUGCUAUGAUCCAAGUCGGAUAAUCAUCGACCGUCAUUGCUCCCCUCUUUGAUAAAUUUAUUUCACUGUAUUUAAAAAAAAAAGAAAAAAAAAAAAGGGGUGUCAAAUCUCAUCUUGUCAAACCUCGCAAAGUGUGAAUCGGAGGAAACUUGAAGCCCCAUCGUGAUGUUCAAUCCACACAUCCAUCAGCAGCAGCAGCAGCAGCAGCAGCAGUUUCACCAGCACCUGCGUCAACUUCAGCAGCUUUUCCAGCAGCAGCCGCCGCCCCCACCUCCGCCGCAGCCGCCUCCGGGGCAUCAUGUCGCCCACCACCACCACCAGACUCCCCGAGCCAUGCCUCCCCAGACCGCCCCUCCUCCCAGGAUGGUCAACCUAUGCCAAGCAACCCAGACCACCAUCCUUGCACCGAAUCCCAUGCUGCAGGGAGCCCUGCUGAUGCAGCAGAUGCAGGGUAAAAUGCGCAGCUUUGGGAUGGGUGGGCAGCAGUUCCGUCAGUUCUUCGCUGCCGGGACCAGGUCGUCUCUGCUCGGGCCUGUUCCCAUGGGCAUGGCCAUCAAGUCCCCCAUGAUGGGUUACCCAGCUGCUCGAAUGUUUCACCCACAUGCUCGCUUCCAUAAUAACACCGCCACCUCCUCGUCGUCUUCCUCCUCCUCCUUCUCUUCCAUCAAUACCACAGACGCAGGUCGCCAGCCAGACAGGAAGAGAGACAGCGAGCAGAUGGCAGCAGGGAGCUCAGACGACCAACAAGCAACAAGCAGCACCAACGACUCCAGUGACAAGACUGAUGCAGAUGGUGCCGUAGGUGGAGCGGAUGGACCCACGCAGUCGACUGAGGAGAAACUUGAAGAGCCUGCAGUGAAGAAGCAGAGGACAGAGGGGUCAGAGCAGCCUAAAGGACAGUGUGUCGUCGAGACUGUGACUAUCGCGGACACGGAUGGGGAUGUUCUUUCUUCAGAGUGUAACAGCAACACAGAGGACAGCCAGCCCGGAGACUGCAUCAUUCUGGAGGACAGAGGCUCUACAGGGGGGUCAGAUGUUGUUGACGCGUUUGAGGAGGGAGGAGCUGCUGAGAAAGCUAUCUCCGUCCUGACUCAGAUGCACAGCUGUUUGUCGGCAACGUCCCCGUCUGGGCAGCUGAGCGAGGACUACCAGCAUGUUGAUUUACCGGUGGAGGAGAUGCUGGACGCCAAAGACUCUCUUUCGGCUUCACCGGACAACCAGGAGGAAGAGGAGGAAGGUGUAGCUGACGGGGCUAACAAAUUCUACUGCUACCUCUGCGGCAUUACCUGCCACAACCAGCAAAACUUCCGGAGUCAUAUGAACAGUAUGUCCCACCAGCAGAGGAUGAUGGAGAUCCAGCACAUGAGCAACGCUUGCCUUGUCACCCUGCUGCCCCGAGUACAGGAGUCACUGCAGGGAGCCAUCAAAGACGGAGAGAAGAAAGCCGACAAGAAGCAUUGGUGUUCCACCUGUCACACCCACUUCACCUGCAGCAUCACAGACCACCGUCGUACCGAGGAGCACAAACUGGCCAGUAGAGCUGUCGUCUCCUCCUGCACGGUCUGCAAGAAACACUUCAGGACCUCCCAGAUCUUUGUGGAGCACUUGCAGUCCCAGGAGCACAGACAGAAAGUGGAAAAGCUCCAGGAACAGGAGGGCUGCGAGGCUUUGGGAAACCUGACCGCCACGGACACAGACGGCUUCUCCUUAGACGAGGUGGAGGGCAGUGAGGUGGAGGAGGGAGGAGAGGAAACACAGAGGGAGGAAGGAGACAAAGAGGGCUCUGACAAAGAGGAUGGCUGGUCCUCCCUCAAAGAAGUGACUCUGAAGAAUAUGACCAAUGACGAGCAAUAUGACCCUGACACAGUCUACGGGUCCAGUUUCUUUGUCCCAGUCGCAGGUUUUAUCUGCAGACUCUGCAACAAGUUUUACCACUUUGAGUCAUCUGCUCUGCACAGCCACUGCAAAUCACUGAGGCACUUUGAGAACCUCAAGAGGCACCGAGAUGUUCUCAGUCAAAAGGGUGACGCUGCCGAAUCUUCAAAAGGAUCUCCCCUAGCGGCAGACAGCCUCAGACCUGUAACAGAAACCACCACAGACGUUGUGGAUGAAACUUCUCUCUUUGAUGACGCUGGCUCCGUGAUCAACAAAGACUCCAUGCAGCCUUCUGUCACACUCACCCAUCUGGACAUGCAAACAGAAAACCAGCAACACAAGCCGGACCUCACCUCCACCUCAGCGACCAGCGCAAGCAGCACAGGCCAAGACUUCAGCCUCCCCAGCGCCGAAGAACAGACCACUUUACCGCUGGAGUCUGUCGUUCAGGAGAGUCCGGCUGAAGCCAGAGAGGCGGGCGAGGCGGGCGAGGCGGGCGAGGCCGACGAGGAGGAGGUUGAGGAGGAGGAGAAGGCGGCUCCUGUUGGCACAGGGAAAAAGAGUGGCGCAAAAAACAAACCCAAACGCAGAUCAGGGAGGGCCGCAAACAGGCGCUGACGGAUGUAGAAAAAAAAAGGAUGAAAAUCGGGUACACGGGAAAGCUUCGGGCAGGAUGUGUCUGUCUGUGAAGAGGUGCUUUCAUGAAACAGAGACCAAGAAGUGAGCGGCCCUGCCUCUCUCUCUCUCUCUAUCUCUCUCUCUCUUUCUCUCUCUCUCUCUCUCCGUGUUUGGAUGUUUGGACUGAACACACACACCAACAAAUAGGGAGUUUAAAUGAAGGUAAAUCACAGUGGAGCAGGACUGUCUGUGGGAAAAGCUCUCUCAGGGUGGGAAAUUGACACCUCACAGAUUUUGAAUACAGUAAAAUCAGUGGAAGUGGAUACGUUUCUUUAUUUUUGGCUACCUGUUAGAGAAUUUUAGAGACAUCCUCAAACCUAAACAUUGCUUCAAACAAAUAUAUUUUAAUGUAAGGAGAAGCCCCUUCAAUGGGUUAACCAGAAGAUAAACCAUCACAUGGGAAUGGCAUCCAAUAUCCUCGUUCCAUGCCUCAUACUAUGAAUGAAAGCUAAGCAGGAUCUGGGUACAAUUCAGUGCAGGAAACGUAAGAGCUCACAGCUGCAAAACGUUGAAACAAACCUGACUUUCCCCGUUAGCACGACCACAAGGCAGCAAAAUGGGGUUUGAAAAUGUCAACGACUAUUGGUUGAAUUGCAAUGAAAUGUGCUUCACAUAUUCAUGUUCCCCUCAGGAUGUGAUUCCAAGAAUUCCAAUCAGACACCAACAAAACUUUAGGAUUGAAUAUGUGCAGAACUGAUGAUUUUCCCAUCAGCUUUAGUUGUACUUUGUGUGUCGUGCUAAUAAGCAGCGGCUAGCAUGCUAAAAUGCUAAACAAAGAAGAUGAAUGAGCUAUAAACAAAAUGCAGACUACGUAGACAGGGGAGCGGGUUUUGGCACCAGAUGUGUUCAGGUUCAGAUUGGUUUAAGUCUUUUCAGUGCGAGUAGUUUGACCUCUCAUCCGUCGGCAGGCUUUGGAAGACAAAAGGGUCGAAGGCAACUUGCCACCUGACAUGACAACAUUUAGCUUUCUAUUAAUCUCUAAAAACAAAUUGUUUCAUACAAUAGCAGAACAACAUCUGCUCUUUAGACAGUCAGAUUACUUCCUGAAGUUGCUGGUCUGACUGUAAACAAACAAACUAAGAAACUCAAGGAAAAGAAAGUCUUGUCCAGAAGUUGUUUCUCAACAAAUCCUUGCAAAAGUGCAUCCCUUUACUCACCGUUAAUAACAUAUAAUAUAAACGGGUUGUAAUUGGGUUGAGUGUCAAUGCACAGCCUCACAAAGCUGCUAGUGUGGCUGAAGUCCUGAUUAAUGAAAGCUGCAAAAACUGGUUUAAAACAUUGAAUAUACUGUGUACAAGCUGAAUGGAAUUGGAAUACAUUGAUUUCAACUGAUAGAAACAAUAUGAACAUUUUAAAUAUAGAGAAUUUCCCCUUCGUCCACCUGGCGUUUUUUUCUGAGCACUAGCUUUUUCCGAUUGUUUUCAAUGAGAGAGCAAUGGCAGCAGCAGAAGGCCGCCUUUACCAUAGUUUUGAUGCUUUCUGUCGAUCGUACAGCAGCUGUUUUCAACAGACUGUUGUCAUAGAGAGUGUUGUCAUAGAGACAGCAGAGACAUGCAGCGCUUUUCUACUCAGUGCACAAACUGUUUUGCGUCUUUGUGCCAGGAAAAAACACGAGGUAGACACGGGGCCUGAGGUGUAGUAAGACUUGUUUUUUAACAAACACAAAGACAUGAGAAGUAACAUUUUUCAGAUUAGCCUACAUUACAAUCAAUGUAAACUGCUUCUGAUCCCUUAAACAAGCAGUGUCUAUGUGGCAAGUCAAUGUAGUCCAUUGAUAUCUGAGCCCUACCAGUUAAUUUCCCACCUUGUUGUGUCCUCAAGGGUCAGGAGGGCAAUGAACGUUGAUUGUCAGCUUCUGCUAAUUCCCCAGCUAGCGAGUUGAAACUUUGGUAAUUUCAUGUAACCGUAACAAGCCGAGACAUUUUCAACAUGGCCAACCACGUAGCUUAAGCUUCUAGCGACCUGAAAAGAAGAAGAUAACCACAUGAAGUGUUUGAGCAGACUUUUAUAUUUAAAAAACAAAACAAAAAAAACAGUGUUAUAAUGGAUUGUACUCUGCGUUGAGUGUUGAUUGAUUCUGAAUCUUGAAUCCCAUCAUAGCUUGGUUUCUGACAUUUUGUCAUAAUUUACCAUCUUUUGUUUCCUUUGUGGGCUUCAGGUUGAUGUCUUUUUUUCAGGCAAGCAAAAAAAAAACUUGUCUCCAGCUUUGGCCUCGAUGAAACAGCCCCAAACACUUUAGUAUCUCCCCGCUAGUCAAAAUUUGAGUGACACGUUUUUAUUUUUGUGGAUCUUAAAAACAACAUCCCAAAAUAUUGAGGAGCAGAAACUUGGAGGCACCACCUGCCAAGGAAAGUCCAGAUUUGUUUUUUAUUUAUUCACACAGUUAUAGAAAAGUAAAAGCUUAUUGAAGGAGUUUUAAAUGCAGCAGACAGCUGUAUAAACAAAAGCUGUCUUCACACAUGCACUCCUGAAAAUUUCUAGAACAUUUCUGGACAGUAUGCCCUGAUAUUUUUGUGUCAAUACAACUUUUCAUUGGACAAAGGACACACUGCAGCUUCAUUACAUGCACAACGUUCACACCAGUGAUCUAAACACCAUCACCUCCGUCCGCUCACUUUUUGCUUAAUUUUCCUGAAUAUUUCCUACUGCAUUCACCCAUCAGCUCACCCCUACUUCGCAACGAUUUUAAUUUGGGGGCGGCAGAAAAAUUUCAGAAUAAAAUCAGGGUGAAUUGCAUUCAAACAUGCAGCUGGCGCUAAAAAAUGUUUUACAUUUUUAGGAGUUUUGUGCAUGUGUGAAAACACCAUAGGAGUCCUCACAUUUACAAAAAGGUUGCAAUGGAUCUGCAAUUUAUUUUAUUUUGAAAUGUUAUAACUUUCAAAGUGAAGGAAAUGUUAUGCUGCCCAAAGAUAAGAGGACUGUAAAGUUGUUUUUCUACUUCCUCAGAGGAUACAAAAGUCUGACUUAGCUCAGAACUAAAAAAAAAAAUCAUUUUGUUUUGGCUCAUCUGGACAAGUGCGCCGACUUUAAGGGUAAAAGAUCCGUGCACUUCUAAUUCUCUCGAUUUUAGUAGUUGCUUUUUUCCCCCUUGCAAUUAACCAUUGCAUUGAUUUAUUUGUUCUCAUUAAGAUGUUUUAUGUACUCUACACUGGACAGAUAAAAGUAUAUCAGAGGUAAUAGAAAGAGAAACAUCAGUUUAAUAUUGCGAUUUCUGGAUUUAAACACCAGUUACUUAAAGUUCCUGUGAGGAGUUUUUAGCUGGUUAUGAAACGAGCCAAAAUAAAUACUGAUGCUUUUUUAUGACCUUUAAAAGCAAACGAGACCGUCAGCAACAAGAUCAACAAUUUCUAUGUAGUUAUUUUUAAUGCCAGACGUUUGCAGCGUGGUAGAUGUCAGUAGAGGCGAUCAACAGCACUCUACCCAAACAGCAUUAUUUUCCAAUGCAAAGAUUCACAAUGAGCAAUAAUUAUGACUAGUAAAAAAAAAAAGGCAGAAUAAGAUUUUUUUUUUAAAUAAAAAUACAAACUUACAGGACAAGAUUAGCAAAGUAAUAUGUGGCAGCACUUUGUCCACAGGGGGCACCAAAACAGAAAGAAAGGUCCUCACAGGAGCUUUAAACCAGCCCCAGUUAUAAACCAACAAAGCGUUUUGACUCUGUGUCCAGCAUUUCAUUUGUCAUAACGGCUUGAAUAUGAGACAUUACUUCAGUUUUUCAUAACUAGUCUACUGUUCCUCAAUUCAUCCCGACAUCAGAGAAGGUUAUUUUAAACCGCAGAAGUGGUUUGCUGACUCAUGUAGCAAUUCUUAGUGAUGGUGGCGAUUGUUUCCACAUGAUGGGAAUCACAUCAUGUUGUGUCUGAAGGAAAAAAAAAGACAUGAUGGGGGAAAAAUAUUUUUAGAUCCCUAAAAGAAGGGAACAGGAGAGAGAAAAUGACCUGUUAAACAUAAUUUCAAACAAAGCUGUACGUUUCUUAUUGUAUUUUUAUUCAGCUACUGACGAAUUAAGAAGAACAAACAGUGAUGUUUUCUAACUGCUGGAAGUUUAAUGUAUUUUUGGAUGUUUAUUUUCUGUUGGGGGUCGUUUUAAUUUAUAUUAAAAUGUCUGAUAAUUCCAA